UUGACCUGAAUAUUUUCCAUCAAGUCCCUCACAAUUUUUGAGAAAUUAAUUUCUUGGUCUUGAAGAUUGAUUAUGGACACUAAAUUAAGAUGUGCAGCGAUUGAUGGAAACUAUCGUGGAAGUCAUGCCAGCUCUCCAGGGCUCCUAGCUAUAAAUGCACAACCCAGAAGCAUCUUCUCCAUUCAUUCUAUCAUUCAACUUCAAAGCUUUUUGCUGCAAUAAUAUCACUUUGAAUUGUUACUGAUGAAGAAAGCAGUAUCGUCUCCUUUGCAAAUCCAGCCCCCAACUUAUGGAAAGUUGGUAACCAUUCUCAGCAUCGACGGAGGCGGCAUCCGGGGACUCAUUCCUGCCACUAUCCUUGCUUACCUUGAAUCCCAACUUCAGGCGUUGGAUGGUGAGGAUGCAAGGCUUGCAGAUUACUUCGAUGUGAUUGCGGGAACAAGCACAGGAGGCCUUGUCACUGCCAUGUUAAGUGCUCCUAAUGAAGAUAAUCGCCCCCUCUUUGCUGCCAAAGACAUCAAGAAUUUCUAUCUUGAGCACUGCCCUAAGAUAUUCCCUCAAAAUGGAGGCCGAUUUGCAUCCAUCAGAAACACCUUUAAGUCACUAAAUGGGCCCAAAUAUGACGGAGCAUACCUUCAUGAGAUUAUAAAGGAGAAGCUCGGGGAAACCCGGCUGCAUAAAACAUUGACCAACAUUGUUAUUCCGACUUUUGAUAUCAAGCAUAUGCAACCAACCAUUUUCUCCACUUAUGAGGUGAACAAUUCGCCAUUAUUAGAUGCUCGGUUGGCUGAUAUAUGCAUAGGCACAUCCGCAGCCCCAACUUACCUACCCGCCUAUCAGUUCAAGAACCAAGAUAAUCAAGGAAAUGCUCGGGAAUUUAAUCUUAUCGAUGGUGGAGUUGCUGCUAAUAAUCCGACUUUACUUGCAAUAAACCAAGUUACAAAGCAGAUAUUCAACAAAAACCCCGAUUUCUUCCCAAUUAAGGCCAUGGAUUUUGAUAGGUUGCUGGUUAUAUCAAUAGGCACUGGCUCGACAAAGCAGGAAAGAAGGUACAACGCUGAAAUGGCAGCCAAGUGGGGUGUUCUUGGCUGGUUGCAUAAUGCGGGUUCCACUCCAUUAGUGGAUGUCUUCACUCAAGCAAGUGCGGAUGUAGUUGAUGUUCAUAACUUCGUUGUUUUCCAAGCUUUUCAUUCCGAAGAUAAUUAUCUCCGCAUUCAAGAUGAUACAUUAAAUGGGACUGAAUCUUCAGUCGAUGUUGCCACCAAAGAGAACUUAGAUAGAUUAGUCGAAAUUGGUGAAAAACUGUUAAAGAAGCCAGUUUCAAGGACAAACAUAGAAAUGGGACUAUGCGUUCCAAUCGAAAAUGGAGGCACAAAUGAAGAAGCUUUGAAAAGGUUUGCCAAAAAGCUUUCGGAUGAAAGGAGGCUUCGACUGUUAAAAUCCCCACACACCAACAAAGGCUCAGUGUAGAGCACUCGCCUGAAGUCCGUCGAUCUGCAACAACUUUUGUAUUGUUUUGCUUUUAAGUACAUUUUCUUCUUCCCAGAUGUGGCAUUUUCUUAACUGUAAUUUAAGUACAUUUUCUUUUUUCGUGCGAAGUGUUUUAUUAUUGUUUUA